GUUUAGCAGCAUCAGUGGAAUCACGAGCUCAGGCGCGAUGGUUGUGGCUGGGACACAAGGCUGCUACUCACUCACCCAGGCUCCGGCUGGCCAGGACAAUUGUACGCUGGCCGCAGCCGUCUAUAUAACCCCGCCCCGUCGGCCACACCUUCCUCACUCUCCCCCGCCAUCUCCCCCUCGCCCCACCUGUAUUCUAGCCCGGCUGUACUCUAUUCUACGACGACAUGCGCGCGUUCAACAUCAUCGAGCACCCGACCCUCGGCGGCGAGUCCGCCUCGCGCAAGGACUACUUCGCCGUCCUCGGCAUCGCGAGUGCAGCGGCGACCAUCGCGACGACCGUCGUGGCCCUCCGCGUGAACGGCACGCCCAUCGCGGCCGUCAUCGAUGCGUACCUUUGUCCGCAGCCACUAGGCAGCCUGUGCGCCUUCGUAGGCAACCACACCCUGCACUAGUCGCUGAGCACCGCACCGAGAGUGUCGGACCGCCGAGACACCCCCGUACGUCCGCACCUGAGCGGACCGCCCGUGGCACCACAACCAACCACACGCCCCCACCACGUCCACCGCCCUCCUGUCUCCUCACCGCCGAGCGACCUCACCCUCCCACCGCCGCCCGCCAUCCACCAUUCGCCGCCAUCUGUAUCAUUGGGGAUAUUUAUAGCAUAUUCGACCUGGAAGCACGAGUGUAGGAUUGCCCGGAUUGUACUCUAUGGAUACUGUGUAUCACGAGGAAUGACCACCGUUUCGCACAUCCUUCA